AUCAGAUGUUUAUCUUCUAAAUAAAUUCUCUGCUGUGCUGUUUUAACAUGCUGCAAUUUCGAGAAAAAACUGUUCACAAUUGUAGGUGCUUCCGAAAAGUGAAAAAUAUUUAACAGUCUGCACAAAUGUAGAUAAACAUCAAUGCUCCUAAUAAAAAUAAUUUAUUAGAUUUUAACAAUUCUACUUUCUAUGAAAAAAUUUAAAGUAAAAAAAUGGCGGAUGGUAAUUUCACCACAACUCCAAUUACUUUUCACAAUAACUCCCCAAAGCUCACUGGAUUGACGAUUGGCUUGGUUUUCUUUUACAGCUCGGUGUCUUUUACCGCAAUUGUUAGUAACGUACUUAUUUUAACAGCAGUGUUUCGGCAGGUAGUUCCAAGAAAUACAGUAAAUAUCUUUUUAUCCAGUCUCGCUGUGAGCGAUUUGUUAAUGGUGUUACUUUCAAUAUUUGAUUGUGUGGCGUUUAUAUUUGAAAGUUGGGUGUUUAGCGAAGGGUGGUGUAAAAUGCAAAGCUAUUUGCUCGAACUUUCAUUUUGUGCGUCAACAUUUACAUUAGUAGCUGUAUCGUGUGAGAGAUAUUUACUUUUAUGCUUCCCGCAUAAAAAGCGCCGCACUAAAAGAACAAUAUACAAAAUGGUAUUAUUCGUUUGGUUUAUAUCACUCUGUGUAUGCUCCCCUCUCUUGGAUGGAUAUGCUGUAACAAAGUCGUUAAAAAAAAAUGGUAAAACUGAACUUAGUUGUACCAACGCAAGAUGGUCAAUAAAACACCAACGAAUUUUUUACGGUUUAUAUUCAGUCGUGGUUUAUUUAUUACCUUUAUUUAUUAUGGCCUUUGUCCAUUGGCGCAUUUCAUGCUCCGUAAAACAUAAAAAAGAAAAACUAACCGGGACCGGAAACGAACUGUUAGAAAAACCUGUUAAAAAAUCCAGUAUUUGCUUUACUAUACAAGAGGAAGGAAGUAAUCCCGCUAUGGAACCUAAUUUUAGCGGUGUUCACAAAACUCUUCUUCAAACAUUUAGCACUUUAAAGCGAAAAAUGAACUCAAUGGAGCGCGAGAAAGUGCGUGCUUCUAAGCGGAUGAAGGCGAUUCGUUUGCUAUUUGUUGUUACAGUGACAUUCUUUAUUUUGUGGAGCCCUUUUACUUUUUUUAGAAUACUACGUUUAGCAGGCAUUGAAAUAAGCGGUUAUUUGUAUAAACUCUCCGAACUUUUAAUAUUCAGCAGCACAGCCGUUAAUGGAUUUAUUUAUGCCUUUAUGAGUUUGCCUUUCAGAAAUUCAUUUAAGGCCUUGAUUAUGUGCCGAGCUACUCGCGAUCCUGUAUCACGUGAAUCAGGCCCCAGUUACAGCAAUUCAGAAGAAAAUCGCUUAGGAUCAAAGAAGUCUCAUUCAGCUAACUAUUAUAACGGGUACACUAGCAGUGAUGCCGAAUCAAAAAAUACAUGCUCAGUUGAUAAUAACGGACCUAAUUUUUAGAUUAUUUUAUAACUUCAUUCUGAAUUUUGUUGUUUAGAUAUAUUUUUAGAUGUAAAUAUUAUAUUAAGAUGUUUUCUUCGUAUAUUUGAAAACUCUAUCCUACUUUAAUAUCUUUUUGGUUUCAUUUUAAUAAAUUUGUUUGUAAAGAGUUUCUAUAGUUGAGUUGCA